ACGCUACAGAAAUGAACCACAAAAGUAAAAAACGGAUCAAAGAAGCGAAGCGGAGCGCCAGACCCGAGCUGAAGGACUCGAGUGACUGGACGAAACACGAUUACUGCGAGAGUUUUGAUGUGUCGCACAGGACGGUGAAGGAUAACGUGGAACGAGUGGAUGCCCAACGUCUCUCUCCAGAGGAGUUCAUCCAGCGCUUUGAGAAGCCGUAUAAGCCUGUGGUUCUGCUCAACUGUCAGGAGUCGUGGCCUGCACGAGAAAAAUGGACUCUGGAGCGACUCAAACGCAAAUACCGCAACCAGAAGUUCAAAUGCGGCGAGGACAACGACGGCUACUCUGUCAAAAUGAAAAUGAAGUAUUACAUGGAGUAUUUGGAGUCGACGCGUGAUGACAGCCCGCUGUACAUAUUCGACAGCAGUUACGGCGAGCACGCCAAACGGGGCAAAUUUCUGGAGGACUACCAGGUGCCUGUUUUUUUCAGGGAUGAUCUCUUUCAGUUUGCGGGGGAGAAACGACGUCCUCCAUACAGGUGGUUUGUGAUGGGCCCUGCCCGAUCUGGAACAGGCAUCCACAUCGACCCUCUGGGCACGAGUGCGUGGAAUGCUCUGGUCCAGGGCCACAAACGCUGGUGUCUCUUCCCCACCCAUACACCCCGUGAGCUCAUUAAGGUGACACGGGAGGAUGGGGGUAACCAGCAGGACGAAGCCAUCACCUGGUUCAGCGUGAUCUAUCCGCGCACACAGCAGCCCAACUGGCCCGCCGAGUUCAGACCGUUGGAGAUUCUGCAGCACCCUGGGGAGACUGUGUUUGUGCCGGGUGGCUGGUGGCAUGUUGUGCUUAAUCUGGACACCACCAUUGCUGUCACCCAGAAUUUUGCAAGCACCACCAACUUCCCCAUCGUGUGGCACAAGACCGUUCGAGGACGCCCCAAACUCUCCAGAAAGUGGUACAGGACUUUGAAGCAGGAGAGGCCUGAUAUUGCUGCUUUGGCAGAUAAAGUAGAUCUGCAGGAGUCCACAGGCAUCGCCUCCGACAGCUCCAGUGACUCCUCAUCCUCUUCCUCCUCCAGCUCCUCCGACUCUGAUUCAGAGGCUGCCGACUCGGGCUCCGAGGGCGAUGCCAUGACCCACCGCAGAAAGAAGAGGAAAACCUGCAGCAUGAUGGGAAACGGUGACAUCACAAGCCAGGACGACUGCGUGAGCAAAGAGCGCAGCUCGUCACGGUGACGUCCCGCUUUCUCCGUCCACACCAAAUGGGCUGCAGCUGCAAUCAUCUCCUGGAUGAAGAAACACCUCUGGUGCUCCCAGGAGACAUCUGUCCAUUAGAUAAGAGAGUCUGGGUCCACGAUUUCACACUCAGCCCCCAGUUAUCUGUCCUAGUGUGCUUUAAGUGAUAAACAAGAACAAAAUAACCAAAUAUAUGCUCGUUGGAGGUGCGUGGCAUGGAUGAGCCAACCGCUGUAUGGGAAAGUUAGAGAAACUCUUCUCGUGUUGCCUUUGCUGAUGUCAGGGUCCGGACAGGAAGCAUGAUGUCUCCUCCUGUCCUCGUGCCAUGAGCGUUAAUCUGGGUUUAAAUCUGAUGGCAUUUUUAAUAUUUUUCUGCAUCACGACCCUUCUUGGGUUUGGCACGAUGGGUAUGCUGUAUUUAAUCUUCUUUGAAAACAGAUUAUUUUAUAACUGAUUCUUGAGCUGCUCUUAAACAUGGGUUUCCCUGCCUUAUUAGCGGGAAAACAAGCCCAUAGUAAUUCAAACGUUAAAUGGCUGCUUUUAUUUGUGCACCCUUUUCUUAUGUGAUUGUUGCUAGUCUGAACAGAAAUCAGUUAGCAAGAACCUGAAAGGAAAACUGCUGUGAAUGCUCAGAGUUUAUAGAUUUCAACUAAAAUUAUUGUUUGGACGUUGACUAUAAACCACUACACAAAGUUUAUUAGUAAAUUAGUUAUUAAAUCGAUCUUAAAUAAAUCUGGCAGUGUUAGGAAUUCACCUUGAUGCUCUUUCGGAUGUGACCAUGUGGCACUAGUUAAACACUAGGGGGCAGUAAUGCUUCUUAUGCACUCUAAUGCUAGUCGUUUAUAAAGGUUGAAAAUCUUAAAUUCUUCUUUUUUUGACAGAAUGUUUGUGACAGUGCUUAGUGUGUGUAUGCUGAACCCCUGUAUAAAAUACAAGAUGUCUUUAUGAAGUGCCUAUUUUUACCUGAUGAUGGUCCUUGAAGUUGCAUUGAGCUGUCAUGUUUCAGUUUUUGGCUUUUCCCCACAGCUAGGGUGUUAAGGUGUAAAGUACGGACGGUUCCCUUAAAUGACAGUUUGAAAGUGUUGUAGCUCUGAAGACAAGCAGUGUGUUUUUCUGUGGGCUGGUUUUAUUUCACUUCUUCAUGUUUUGUAUUAGCUCUGUUGACACCUCUGGCCCACUGGGAUUCAAGUGUGGGGACGAAAUGUGAAGCAUUGAUGUUGCUGAGAUCAAAAACGAAUGAAUAACUGUUUAAUAAAACUUUAUAUGUAUUUA